AUGAGGGAAAACAGCAACAGUCAAAAACGUGGAGAGUCUCACUUACGUUCUAAAUGGGUUUUUUAUCCACCCUAUAAGGGUUUAUCUUGUACGAACGGUGAUUCCACAAAUAUCCCCGAUGUUUCCUGCAGCUGUUCGGUAGCUCCUGGCGGCUCCGGCAUCUCCGUCAUUCUACUCGGCAUAUCCAGUAUUUUCCGGCGUAUUAGAAGAUUACAUUUACAGAUUAUAUCUCAAAAGGCCCUUAGAAGGAUGGAAUUUAUCCAAGUACUAAUGCAACAUGAUGGGCAAUGGAAUGAAGAUGGAAAGUAUACUGACUUCAAAAUGACAGGAAUUUUAUUGGAAAUGAACUGCACAUUCAAUAGUUUUAUCGAAUUAGUAUAUCAAAGUUUGCAAGUUCAAGAUACUGAAACUGAAUUAGAUAUUCAAUAUCUAAUCAGUGAUGAUUAUCCUCCAGUCAAAAUAGCAGAUGAAAGAAGUCUCAGAUUCUAUAUACAGUUAAAGAAGAGUGAACUUAACUUCACAAGAUAUCCAAUCUGCAUCAUAUUGAAUAAAUCUGCUUCUUUUUUGGAAACAUCAUCAUCAGAAGCUGCAAACAAUUCACUUCUUGUUCAUGAAGACAAUAUAACGCAACUGGAUGAACAAAACUCUAAAGAAACAGAAAUGUCUUAUUCAAAUUUGGAUAUGAUUGAAUAUGCAAACCUUCUCUGCACACUUCAAGAAAAUCUUCCAGAAACAGAUUAUGAUGAAGAUCAUGUUGCAACCAAUCAAGCAAAUCAGAAAAUAGAAGAAGGAGGUACAUUCAUAGAUAAAGAAACAUUAAUAUCAGAGAUGAGCCUAUAUGGACUAAAAGAACACUUUCAGUUCAAGGUCCAAAAAUCAUGCGCAAGACAGUACCGAUUAAAAUGCAUAGAUGACCAUUGUGAUUGGAAAUUUUAUGCCUCGAAAAUUGGUCAUACAAAAAUGUUUCGAGUACGUAAGUUCAACAAUUAUCAUACAUGUUUUUUGGAGAUGAGAAUGGGAGACCUGAGGUUUGUCAGCUCAAAAACCAUAGCAAAAAUAAUAAAGUCAAACUUGUUGGAUAUCAAGACAAUUUACACACCUAAUGACAUAAUCAGAGACAUGAGAAAUGAUUAUAGCAUUAAAUUGGAUUACUGGAAAGCUUGGAAAUGUCGAGAAAUUGCACUAGAGCUUUUAAGAGGGAAACCAGAAAAUUCAUUUGGUCUACUACCGAGAUAUCUUCACAUGGUGAAGCAAACAAAUCCAGGAUCAGUUGUAAGCUUACAAAGAAAUGUGGAUCAUACUUUUCUUUAUGCAUUCAUGUCACUUAAUGCAUCAAUAAGUGGAUGGAGUCACUGUAUGCCUAUUAUGGUUGUUGAUGCUACAUUUUUGAAAGGACCAUUUGGAGGUUCUCUGUUUUCACCUUCAACUCUUGAUGCAGCAGGAAAAAUCUUCCCUCUUGCCUUUUCAAUAACAGAUUCAGAAAAUGAUGCAUCUUGGAAUUGGUUUUUUAGACAAAUCAAAACUGUUUUUGGUGUAAGGGAAGGAAUGUGUAUAAUUUCAGACAGACAUAUGAGUAUUAAAAAUGCAAUAGAAAGUGUUUUUGCUGGAGAAGUUCAACAUGAUAUUUGCUUAUAUCAUUUACUAAGUAACGUGAAAAGCAGAUUUAAAAAGGAUCAGAAGACAAUUAAAGACCUGUUCAAAGCAGCAGCAAGAGCUUAUACAAAGGAAGAAUUCAAUACUCAUAUGGCAGAAAUGAGCAACGUAAAUCCAAGAGUUACAGCUUAUCUCAAAGAUGCAGGUUUUGAAAGGUGGGCAGUUUCACAUUCUGUGAACAAAAGAUACAACAUAAUGACUUCAAAUACUGCUGAGUCAUUUAAUGCAGCAGUAAAUAGAGCACGAGAAUUACCAGUUACGAUGCUUAUGGAAUACUUGAGAAAUUUGGUAGAGCCAUCUAAUGAUGACAUAUACACUGUUACUGAAAAUGGUGAUACCUCUACUGUUAACAUCAAGGAAAAAUCUUGUACAUGCAACAUAUAUCAAGAAGAAAUGAUCCCAUGUAAACAUGCUGCUGCUGUAUUAAACUACAAACAUCAAGACCCAACUGAAUAUUGCUCAAAGUACUUCACAAAUGAAGCAAUGCUUGCUACAUAUGCACAAACUGUAUACCCAGUUCCUAAAGAAGAAACAUGGAAAGUCACUGCAGAGGUUGAGGAUAUCAUUGUCUUACCUCCUAUAGGGAGAACUAAGCCAGGAAGACCAAAAAAGAGAAGAAUAAAAGGAGCAGAAGAACAAAAGAAUCAAAACAAGUGCAGCAGAUGUGAAUAUUAUGGACAUAAUCGUAAAACUUGUAAAAAUAUUCCAAAAAACAGAUAG